AUGUCGGAGCCCGGCGCCCCCGCGGCCGGUGAUAAACCGCCCCGGCUCCAGGACCGCGUCCUUCGCGGGCUGCGCUGGGGUCGCCUCCAGGAGCCGCUGGGUUUCAUCAAGGUGCUGGAAUGGCUCUUUGCCAUCUUCGCCUUCGGCUCCUGCGGCUCCUUCAGCGGUGAGACCGGAGCCACAGUGAAAUGUGAAGGUGGAGGGAUGACAGCCAUCAGCAUCCAGUUCGGGUACCCCUUCAGGUUAUACCAGAUUCCCUUUGGGAUGCCCAACUGUGAGGAUGAAUCAGAAGCCCGCACCCUGUACCUCGUGGGCGAUUUCUCCGCUCCCGCCGAGUUUUUCGUGACCCUGGGGGUCUUCUCCUUCCUCUACUCCAUGGCUGCUCUGGUGCUCUACCUCCGCUUCCAUUCCCUGUACACGGAGAACACGAAGCUCCCGUUCACAGAUUUCUGUGUCACCGUCUGCUUUGCCUUCUUCUGGCUGGUGGCGGCGGCGGCGUGGGGCAAGGGGCUGAGCGACGUGAAGGCGGCCACGCGCCCCUCGGCCCUCAUUGCUGCCAUGGCCGUGUGCCAGGCCGACGGCGUGCUCUGCAACGCUGGCACCACGCCCGCCAUGGGGCUGGCCAACAUCUCGGUGCUCUUCGGGUUCCUCAACUUCCUGCUGUGGGCCGGGAACUGCUGGUUCGUGCUGCGGGAGACGCCGUGGCUGCGGCCGCCCGCGCCCCGCGACAGCGCGGCCGAGCAGGGCGCCAUCGACAAGCAGUGA